GCGCGAGCGAGCAGGGAGGGCAGAGUCGACAGGGACUUGCCGGGAGAAGGGAGGCUCGCAGCGCCCUGCACCGAGGAAGGUUGGAGACUCCAAUGUUGCUGCCACUCACCAAAUUGACAACCAGGUGGAGAGACAAUAGACUGCAUCUGAGUCAGACUGGUCCAGAGAGGACACAUGCUAGGAAUGCUCUGAAGACCCUAGCAAGGAAUACCACAUCCUCCUGAAAGCCUUUUCGUGAGGUCAUCCUACGGACCACUGUUGUCUCAUGGAAAGGGGCAUUUAGGAUUCGGCUGUCAACCCCCCAAAAACUUUUGCUGAGUGAAAACAAGACUUUUGCCACAGAACUAAGCAAGAUAUUAUUUCAUUUAAUUUUUGAACCUUUUGAUCUUUCUGAUUAGAAUCCUGACUGUUGAGCCUUGAGAAUUUUAAGCUACAUUUAUUGCUACUAUUUUUAUGCUCACUUCUCAAAAUGAUUGAUUUAAGCUUCCUGACAGAGGAGGAACAAGAGGCCAUUAUGAAGGUUCUGCAGCGGGAUGCUGCCCUGAAGAGGACCGAAGAGGAGAGAGUCAGGCAUUUGCCUGAAAAAAUUAAGGAUGACCAGCAGCUGAAGAAUAUGAGUGGCCAAUGGUUUUAUGAAGCCAAGGCAAAAAGGCACAGAGAUAAAAUCCAUGGUGCCGAUAUUAUCAGAGCAUCCAUGAGAAAGAAGAGGCUCCAAGUGGCAACGGAGCAGAGUAAGGACAGAGCAACUGAAGCAAAGGAAAGCUGGGUGAAUAAUGUCAACAAAGAUGCUUUCCUUCCCCCAGAGCUAGCUGGUGCUGUAGAAGAGCCAAAAGAAGAUGCAGCACCACCAAGCCCAAGUCCCAGUGUGGUGAAUCCAGCUUCUACUGUAAUUGAUAUGUCCCAGGAGAACACAAAGAAAUCAACUGGAUCUCCAGCUAAGCAAAGGAAGAAUCCAUUUAAUAGCUCUAAGUUGCCAGAAGAUCACUUAUCACCACAAACCCAAAAUGAGCAGUCAAAAAAUGGAAGAGCUGGUUUAUUUCAGAUUUCAAAAGAGGGUGAAUUGUCAGAGUCAAAAGAAAAGUCAUCUAUCCCUGAUAUUUCAAGCCAAAAAUUAGAGAAAUCAAAGCAGACUGUGCUAGCCGGGCCUGUGAAUGGGUCCCAAAUCAAGGCUCCAGUCCCCAAAGCCAGAAAAUUUAUCUACAAAUCAGAUGGUUUAAAACAAGAUGAUAAACAGUCUUUUCCUAGACAAAGGUCAGACUCUAUAAGUGCAAGAGGGGCUCCAAGAGGGAUCCUCAAGCGUAACUCCAGUUCCAGUAGUACAGACUCGGAAACUCUUCGUUUAAAUUACAACUUUGAACCCAAAAGCAAAAUCGUGUCAUCUGGCCUAACCAUCCAUGAGAGAAUUUCUGAGAAGGAGCAUUCUUUAGAAGAUGACUCUUUCUCAAACUCAUUGGAGCCAUUAAAACAUGUGAGAUUCUCUGCAGUGAAAGAUGAACUUCCUCAGAGUCCUGGGCUAAUUCAUGGCCGGGAAGUGGGAGAAUUUAGUGUUUUAGAAUCUGACAGGUCAAAGAAUGGAACAGAAGAUGCAGGAGACUCAGAAUUUCAGGAUGACCCGAAGCCCUCCCAGUACAGAAAGCCUUUUCUUCCUCAUCAGUCAGCCUCAAGCCCAAGUGGAUCAAAAAAUGAAGCAUAUCAGCCAAUGAUUUCUGGUUCUGUUCCAAAUAAUGGGCUCCAUUCACCCUUGGAAGUUCUAACUGCAAGACCACAGACCAUUGAGAACUUGCCCACCACCAAUAAACACCAAGCUAAAGCGUCAGAAUUAACAAGGCUUGAAUCAGAAUUGUCCCCAAAUCCUGCUGAUGAACUGUCUCAUUGUGUUGAACCUGAACCAUCUCAGGUGCCAGAUUGCAGUUCUAGAGACCAUCAGCAAGGUAAGCUCCCUCUUCUUGCGACUCUGAAAGCUAAGACAUCCUCACACUCUGGUCCAUAUGCCACUGAGAUCAAGAAGACAACUGACGAUUCCAUAACUAAAGUCCUAGACUGGUUUAACCGAAGUUCUCAUUCAGACGACAGUAAGUCGUCCUUCCAACAUCCCAGAGGAAUAGAACCCAAGGGUAAAACAGACUCAAAGUCGCAGAUUGCUAUUGCCAUGGUGACAGAUGACACCAGUCUGAAAGAAAAUGAUUUAAAGGCACUAUCAUUCACUAAAGUUAAAUUGAAGCCUGUGAAAUUUGAUUCAACAUUUCAGGAAGACGGAGAUAUGUUGGUUUCUGAACAUUUCCAAGAUAAUGCUAUAAAUAUCAGACCCAAAUCUAUGAAUUUGUCCCAACAAGAUACCCCGAAGGAAGGUCCAGUUAUACCACAGCCAUUUGCAAGUUAUGGUACCUCAAGUCAAGGGAGUAAAAAUAUGGACAAUAGCCAAAGAUCAAAAAGAACAGAAGAAGGAAAUGGGGUACCUCUCCCAACCAAUAACUGCCCUUAUAGUUUUCUGAAAGAAUCCAAUGCAGAAGUCAAAGUUUCAUGUAACACUAAGAAUAUUGGCAGCUUAGGUAAAGAAGAACUCAAGCUUCAUGUUCAUGAAAAAUAUACAGGAAACUCCAAAGUAGAUUUUGACUCUUCAGCAAUUGUCCAGGAACCAAAUUUGAAAGAUGAUGUGAAAGCAGAGAGAAAGAGCAAAAAAGGAAAUACUUCCAUCCUGAAGGCUUCCUUAGAGACGGAGAAUAGGGAGUUGCUACCUGGGAUUGCCAACAGUAGAGCUCCUUCCAAAAAGCCUGAGGUUCACUUACAGCAAGAAGCUGAUGAGGUUCCCAAGAACCAAGUGCAAAGAGAGAAAUACAAAAGAGUGAGUGACAGAAUAUCCUUUUGGGAAGGAGAGAAAGCUGCUGCUGAGUUAACUUAUGAAGAACCCACAUCUUCAUGUAGCCAGGAACAAUCCACUGCUAAAGCAAACCAGCCUGUGAGAUCACAGGAUAUAUUCAUGGACAGUUUAUCUACAGACCAGAGUGAAUAUGGUCAGUUCACUGCGAAACGAGUAGUCUUUGAUGAGGAUGAUCAAGCAUCCCAUCUGUCCAGUUUUCAUUCCUCAAAUAAGCCUAAAGAGACCAGUCCCCAAAUAUCAGGUCUGUUGAAACACCAUCCUUCAGCUGACCAAUCAAAUAAAACGUCACUGUUUCAAAAUAUUGGGAAUGAAAUACACACUUCUUUGGAGAAAGACAGAUUUCCAAUUGGUGAAUCAAAUGCCAACUUUAAAAUUAUGUCCCUAAAAGAACGAAUGGAUGAACCCAAUACAGAACAGGUUUAUAAUCAUUCUCAGUUUGAGAAUUUGAGAAAGUUUUGGGACUUAGGAGCUAAUCCAAACAGUAAGAAUAAUCCUGAGAAGAGUACUAUAAUAAGCCAAAAAAAUUCUGUGUCUUUAACUAGCCAGAAAUGCAAGGAAUUCAGUGACAUUAAAUCAUUAGGAAGAAAUAUCCACCAAACAGAGGUGCUCUCUGUUAUGCCAAGAGGGGAAAUGGAGAAAUUAAAUUCAAAAUGCAUACUCCAGGUGCUACCAAAUGAAGCCACAUUUCCAUUGAGGCCACCUGGAAAGUCCAUUCAUCAUUCGGCAGAAAAUGAGUCAUCAAAGGAAAAUAUGGAAAAUAAUAUGGAAUGCUUUGGUACUCCAGUAUUUAAGGAAGCAAAGGAUUACUUAGAUCAAGAGAUUCAGGAAUCCAUAGUGAAAGCACAUGUUUUAUCUAAAGACUACAGAGACACUUUUAGUGACAGUGUACAGAAGUUGGUUUCAGAAGGUUCAUCACCAGCAAUUCAACCUUCUGGUAGAGAAACUCAUGGAAAACAAAUACUCAAACCAGGUAUUUCUGAAGAUAGGAACUGGCUUCAUAAUACAGAUUUUGCUGAUGAUGAGAAAGAAGCCAAAGGACCUAAAGAGGUCAUUGAUGAGCAUGUAGAUAAAACAGUGAUACCUCCAAAGGUCAAACAAAACACUUUGGCUGCUAGUCUAGACAAACUCCUGAAGGAAGCAACUGGAAUAUCACACUCACCCUUGCAAACCAAGUUAGAACCCCUUACCACUGGAACUGACCUUCAGCUUGAAGAGGAUAGAUCUUUUGAAAAGGGGAUAAAACUGAAAGGCUGUCAGAGAGAGAUAAUAGCUCCUUCAUCAGAGGGCUUUGAAACUUUGGGAAAUACAGCUCUCACCCAGAAAGCUGAAAGUGGCGAAUUUCAGUUCAACACAGAUAACUUGCUUCAGAUGGGUGCAGGAAGUUCUCCUCCAUUGCAUCAGUCUUCCCAUCUUCACAGAAAGGGUUCUUUUGAGGAUGUGGCCAACUCUCCACAAGACAUGCCUUUUUCCUGGGAUGCUCAUUUUGCUCCCCAGGAUAGAGCAUUGCCUUCUCAAAGGGAAAUUUCAGAGACUGUAGAGAGAGUCAUUCUUCCAUCUAAACCUGCAUUGAAUGAUGUAAAUGCUGUAUUAAAGAAGCUACUUAGAGAAGCUUGGCUGAGUAAUUCUGCAAGGGAAGUAGGUUCUGAAGAAGUGAAAGCAGAAUUUCCUGAAGGAGUACAGGCAGCGGGCAGCCCCCCAAAUUCCCUGGGUGCAAUCCCACUGUGGGCUACCAUGGACACCAUCAUUCCAGAUACGAAAGAUUUUUAUUCCUUCACUAUAGUUCCUGAUAAAACUCAUGAAGUUGGAUCUCAUUUGACCACUCAGAUAUCUGAACAGCUAUCUGAGUCGGAACAGUUCCUUAGCUCAUCUGUUUCCACUCUGGCACACUAUGACAAAGAGUUACCUCAGGAAGUGGCAGAAAUUGUGAGAGAAACAAUUAUUAAACCCAAAUCAGAGUUCCUUGAAUUCAGUGCUGGCUUAGAAAAGCUCCACAAGGAAACACUAGAAACCUCCCCUUCAAGAUAUGAAAAGGAUACAGGGACACACUCUCCAGCAGACUUACUAGGUAGUACUGAGGCACCCAGGCAAGCUGCUUCCAAAUUCCAUCCCAAGGAAAUAGAAGAAACUGUUGUAAAGGCUGAGGUUCCAUCAAUAACUGAGAGUGCUUUUGAUAUUGGGUUUGAGAAACUUCUUAAAGAAAUAUCUGAAGCUCCACCUCAUUGGCUCCAGGUAUCAGUAAAGGAAGAAAUUCCUGAGGAGGAGCCCUCACAGUCAGAGAAGUCUGGGUUCUGGGCAGAACCAAGAGCCUCUGAAAUGAAGGGUAGAAGCAAUGGUUUGGAAUCUCAAGUCAAACAAAUUGUUAAAGUAUUGGGAGGAGAUGAAGUUGUGAGUGAUUCAUCAGUUGUUUUUUGUGGUUCUGCAAGUGGGGUUGAGAUCCCUGGAACCUCACCACUUUAUGUGGACCAUGAAAUAGAGACCAUUAGAACAAUAAGCUCCCCAGAGGACAGGGACAACAAAAGUGAUGUUGCAGGGGAACUAGGGACUUUUCAGGAACCUGGCUUUGAGGAGGCUCCUAAAGCAAGUGUAUCUAAAAGCAAGCAACCUAUUUUUCUCCUGACAAAGAAAGAAAACCCUACAAAAAUAAGUAAAGUUGAAUUGAUGCUAACAUCACCAUAUAAGAGACAAGUCAACAAGCAAGAAAAAGAAGGUUUCUCUGACUCUGAUUUUUCAGAUGGAAACACGGGUUCUAAUGCAGAAAGCUGGAGAAAUACUUCUAGUUCAGAAGAAGAACCCAGUCCUGUUUUGAAAGCUUUGGAAAGGAGUGCUGCUAGGAAAAUGCCUUCCAAAAGUCUAGAAGACAUUUCAUCAGAUUUAUCAAAUCAAGCAAAAGUAGAUAAUCUGCCAGAAGAACUAGUACGUAGUGCUGAAGAUGAUCAAAAAGCAGAUCAGGAACAAGAUACAAAUGAAUGCAUACCAGGAAUUUCCACAGUGCCUUCACAACCAGAUAAUCUGUUUUCCCACCCUGACAAAUUCAAAAGGAUGAGCAAGUCUGUUCCAGCAUUUCUCCAAGAUGAGAGUGAUGACAGAGAAACAGAUACAGCAUCAGAAAGCAGUUACCAGCUCAGCAGACACAAGAAGAGCCCGAGCUCUUUAACCAAUCUUAGCAGCUCCUCUGGCAUGACGUCCUUGUCUUCUGUGAGUGGCAGUGUGAUGAGUGUUUACAGUGGAGACUUUGGCAAUCUGGAAGUGAAAGGAAACAUUCAGUUUGCAAUUGACUAUGUGGAUUCACUGAAAGAGCUGCAUGUUUUUGUGGCCCAGUGUAAGGACUUAGCAGCAGCAGACGUAAAAAAACAACGUUCAGACCCAUAUGUAAAGACUUAUUUGUUACCAGACAAAGGCAAAAUGGGCAAGAAGAAAACAGUGGUGGUGAAGAAAACCUUGAAUCCCGUGUACAACGAGAUAUUGCGGUAUAAAGUUGAAAAGCAAAUCUUAAAGACACAGAAGCUGAACCUGUCUGUUUGGCAUCGGGAUACCUUUAAGCGCAAUAGUUUCCUGGGGGAGGUGGAACUUGAUUUGGAAGCAUGGGACUGGGACAACAAACAGAACAAGCAAUUGCGGUGGUACCCGCUGAAGCGGAAGACAGCACCAGUUGCCCUCGAAGCAGAAAACAGAGGUGAAAUGAAGCUAGCUCUCCAGUAUGUUCCAGAGCCAACCCCUGGUAAAAAGCUUCCUACAACUGGCGAAGUGCACAUCUGGGUGAAGGAAUGCCUUGAUCUGCCACCACUAAGGGGAAGUCAUCUAAAUUCUUUUGUUAAAUGUACCAUCCUUCCAGACACAAGUAGAAAAAGUCGCCAGAAGACAAGAGCUGUAGGGAAAACCACCAACCCCAUCUUCAACCAUACCAUGGUAUACGAUGGGUUCAGGCCUGAAGAUCUGAUGGAAGCCUGUGUAGAGCUCACUGUCUGGGACCAUUACAAAUUAACCAACCAGUUUUUGGGAGGUCUUCGGAUUGGCUUUGGAACAGGUAAAAGCUAUGGGACUGAAGUGGAUUGGAUGGAUUCUACUUCAGAGGAGGUUGCUCUCUGGGAGAAGAUGGUGAAUUCCCCCAACACUUGGAUUGAAGCAACACUGCCCCUCAGAAUGCUUUUGAUUGCCAAGAUUUCCAAAUAAGCCCAGAGCCUACUGCUCCUCUGCUGAAAACUACUACAGAGGUCAAAUUGGAUCUUGAAAAUCUGACUACAUGGACAAAGAUUCUCGCUUCCUUCUGUUGCCACCAAUAAAGACUACACAGCAUGUUGAAGUCAUCUGCAUGUGUUUCUUGGAUUACAAGGGCCCAAGGGACUUAAAUACUGACAAGAUAUGUGACUUACUUGUGACUCCAACAUUAAAGGAGAUACCUGAGCAAGUUAGAAAAAUUGAACUGUUGCUGCUGCUUCAAAGAUUUUUCUGCCAAAAAUUAUUUCAUUAGGAGUAUUUUUAACCAACAGAGUGUUCUGGUUUCACACCACAUUUGUGUUAUGGUUAAACCUGCCACUUGAUUAUCACAAACCCCUGCAAGUACUGGUACUUGUAAAUAGGUAGAUUGUAGAAAAAAGUAACAAAAAUACUCCUGGGGUAGCCUUGGAGAGGAGCAACAUCGGUUAUGACAAAGAAUUACACAAUAAGAUAACUAUUUACCCUGUAAUCUCUAAUAAUCUGGAAUUCCAUGUUAGGGCAAUAAGAAGAACAUGACUGAGCACAUUUCUACCUUGAGAAACUGCUUUUUCUUUCCCCCAGUCUCAAGUGUACUUUGGUGCCACCCACUGGCCAUAAGUGGAAUUCAGCUCUUGGUUUAUUUUGGCUUAAUUUGAAAGUAGGUCUCAAGUCUGUAUUUUGUAAUAGAAUAUGUUUUAAAAAACUUUGCCUAUAUAUGAUUGCUUUUCCCAUAACUUUAUUAUAUUAAAGCAGUAUAAUGGUAGCCACAGAUGUGCUUUGCAACAAAGUUUUAAUUAGAAUAUAAAUUGUUGAAUUUUAUUGUAUUUCCUAUAUAUGUAUAAUUUUCAUAAAAUAUUUUGUAAAAACCCUUAGAAUAAAUUAUCAUAUGAUUUACA